GUGUUCCGCGUUUACCUUUAAAGCAGCACACAGUUAAGAAAACGGGAAACAGAAUAGAAAAGCGAAGAAAGCGCAAAACAGCGAAAGGGCAUUGAAAUCCCAACGACCGGUUAAACAGUUGAGCACGUGGUGGCAUUUGCGGAAUUCCAUUGAACCAAACCCCCCAAUCUCAUAAAACUCCCCCACACACAUCACCGGAUAAGUACUUCUCCGACGCCGCCGCUGGAAGGGUAACCGGAGAUUCAUCGAGUGAUGAUGGACGCACCUGUCACGCCGACGAGGAGUUCCGCCUCCGGUCGCUCGUCAGUGAUCGACUCCUUGCGCGGUUGCACGCUGUCCGGCGUGCGUGUCCACAAGGAGGAACUGCGAAGGAAGAUCACGUUUCCUGAGUACCUCAGGCUGGCCAUGAGGGAGGCGAUCAGAGCGAAGGACGUCGGCGCCGCCGCCGUGGCUCAGUACUUUGAGGCGGCUCAUGCGGAAGGAGCGGAGCAGGUGGAGCCUGCUGAGUGGCCUAUGGUAGUUUUUAUCAAUUCGAAGAGUGGUGGGAGGCAUGGGCCCGAACUCAAGGCUCGGCUCCAGGAACUCAUGGGUGAAGAACAGGUUUUUGACCUUUCGGCUGUGAAGCCUCAUGAAUUUGUUCAAUAUGGAUUGUCUUGCCUGGAGAAGUUUGCUAGUCUUGGAGACAACUGCGCAAAAGCGACUCGUGAAAAACUUAGGAUUGUGGUAGCCGGAGGUGAUGGUACUGUUGGGUGGGUCCUUGGGUGUCUUGGAGAACUUAACAAACAGGACAGGCUGCCAGUUCCUCCAACUGGAAUUAUCCCCCUUGGUACAGGAAAUGACUUGUCAAGGAGUUUUGGUUGGGGUGGUUCAUUCCCUUUUAAUUGGAGAUCAGCCAUAAAAAGAACUCUUGAGAAGGUCGCCUGUGGUACUACUGCUCAUCUGGAUAGUUGGCAGGUUUUAAUAUCUAUGCCGGCAGGUGAGGAGUUGGAGACACCUUAUUCUCUGAAGGCAAUAGAAGAAACACCUCUCGAUCAGGAACUGGCUGUUGAGGGGGACAUCCCAGAGAAGGUUGACUGCUAUCAAGGAGUCUUUUAUAAUUAUUUCAGCAUAGGAAUGGAUGCCCAAGUUGCUUAUGGGUUCCACAAUUUACGCAAUGAAAAACCAUACCUCGCUCAAGGCCCAAUCUCAAACAAGUUGAUCUAUUCUGGAUACAGUUGCACGCAAGGGUGGUUCUUCACGCCAUGCAGCAGUGAUCCAGGUUUAAGGUCCUUGAGGAACAUCUUGAGGAUAUACAUUAAGAAGGUUAAUCAUUCAAAGUGGGAGCAAAUCCCUGUGCCGUCAAGUGUGAGAUCUAUUGUUGCUCUUAAUCUUCCUAGCUAUGGAAGUGGAAGAAAUCCGUGGGGCAAUUUGAAGCCUGAUUAUCUUGAGAAGAGAGGAUUUGUUGAAGCCCAUGCAGAUGAUGGUUGUCUGGAAGUCUUUGGUUUCAAACAAGGUUGGCAUGCUUCAAUGGUUAUGGUUGAACUGAUAUCUGCAAAACACAUAGCCCAGGCUUCAGCUAUCCGGUUUGAGCUUAGAGGAGGAGAAUGGAAAGAGGCAUACAUGCAAAUGGAUGGUGAACCAUGGAGACAGCGCAUGGACAAGGAGUACUCAACGUUUGUGGAAAUUAAGAAAGUACCACAUCAGUCCAUUAUGGUCAGGGCACAAUAGUUUCGGCUAACCUUAUGUAAAGCAUCUUCUUCAUGAGGGGGCUUCUUUCAAAUUAUUCAUCUUCUCAGCAUCAGGUUGACGUACAUAUCUCUGCCUAACUAUGUAUAUAAUCCAUUCUUUAUGCGACAUAUCUUAGCUGACUCCAAAUUGGUGCCAGAUUAUGUGAUGUCGGUAUUGUUUGUGCCAUUUUACAAAAAAUGUAUUGUUCGGCGGAGUGAGUUCUAAAUGAAUUGGUUGCUUGUUACAGUCGAUAAAUGAAAAUUACUUGGUACAAGUGAUCAUUUUUGGCUGGCU